UUCCUGGUUCAAUCGCGCGAAGGACACACUCGAGGAUGCGCAUUACGGAGGAUAAAAUCAUUUUAUGAAUGGACGAAAUGCAUCGUUAUUGAGGUUUUCGUUCAUUUUGUCACGUUACAGACGUGUCACGAAAGGAAUAAAAACAAUGGCAACCAUCAAAGACUUCAGAAUACGGAAAGUCCUUGUAUAUCGACUUGCACGACAGCCACCAACCUAUCGUCCCUUGGGGACUUUCAGUCAAACGCCACCCUAAACCGAGCCGAAAUGAAUAAGGACAACAAUUUGAGAAUGGUGGUCCAAGAGAUCGAACCCCUGCAGAAGAAGGACCUCGAGGAGGCGCCCGAGCACGAGGUCAAGCCGUCCGGGUUCCCUCGGCUAAAGUUUCUCAAGAGGCAGUUAUUCGCUGCGAUCGCUGUGUCAUGGGUGUCCCUAAUAAUCGGCUAUUCAUCGGCUUUCUCAGCCCCAGCCGAGCACUCCAUAAAGAGGGACUUCAACUUACAAGGCGAUUCUGAGAUCUCGUGGAUGUCGAGCUUCAUGCCUCUUGGAGCCCUAAUCGGAGGCCUGGGCGGCGGGUCGCUAAUAGAGUACAUCGGCAGGAAAUGGACGAUCCUGCUGACAAACAUCCUGUUUUUCGUGGCUUGGUUCGUCUGCUACUUCGCUCAAAAUUACAUCUACCUCUACAUAGGAAGGAUCCUGUCCGGCGUCAGCGUGGGCAUAGCCUCGCUGACUCUCCCAGUGUACACCGCGGAGACGCUCCAGCCGGAAGUGCGCGGGUCCCUGGGGCUCCUCUCGACCGUGCUGGGCAACAUCGGCAUACUGAUAUGCUUCUCGUUCGGGAUAUACUACGAAUGGAAGGGCCUGAGCAUGAUAGGCGUGCUGCUGUGCGUGCCGUUCAUGGUGAUGAUCUGGUUCAUACCGGAGACGCCGAAGUUCCUCCUGGCUCAGAACGACGAGGCGAAGGCCAGGAAGGCGCUGCAGUGGCUGCGAGGGGCGAAGACCGACGUCGAGAAGGAGUUCGUCGACAUGCAGAAAUUCCAAAAGGAAACCGCCAACGACAGCGAGAACUUGCUGGUGUUGUUCAAGAAGAAGAACAUGAAACUGCUCGGCAUCGAGUUGGGUUUGAUGUUCUUCCAACAAUUCAGCGGCAUAAACGGUAUUAUUUUUUACAUAACGGGUCUGUUCGAUAAGUCCGGUUCGAAUAUAAACGCGGACGUUUGUACAACCAUAGUGGGUGUCGUAAAUUUCGCUGCGACUUUCGUAGCUUCGAUGCUAAUAGACAGGCUGGGCAGGAAGGUUCUCCUGUACAUUUCCAGUGUUUCAAUGGCCAUAUCGCUCGCAGUAUUAGGUUUGUUCUUCUACUUGAAAGACGUCGUCCUCAUGGAUUUGCAUUCCGUCGAUUGGUUGCCUUUGGUGUGCUUCAUGACGUACGUUUUGGGAUUCUCUCUGGGUUUCGGUCCUAUUCCUUGGCUGAUGCUGGGCGAGAUCCUGCCGGCGAAGAUCCGCGGUCCCGCCGCUUCCAUUUCCACCGCGUUCAGCUGGACCUGCACCUUCGUGGUGACGAAAACGAGUUUGUACUUCAUCGAUACCAUCGGUGCUCACUAUACCUUCUGGAUGUACGGGUUCAUCGUUUGCUGUUCUCUCCUGUUUUCGAUAUUUAUCGUCCCCGAAACGAAGGGCUUCACUUUGGCGGACAUCGAGAGGAAACUCACCGGCGUUAAAGUUAGGAGAAUAAGCUCGCUGGCUAAUAUUAAACCCACGCCGAGUUUCAUCGGGUAAAUUACCCUGUUUAUUUUCGAUUCGGAUUUGUUGCGAAGCGGGCCGAUGUGAUUUAUUAACGGCGUGUUCCUGGAUUGAGUUUCCGGUACAACUGACAACCUAAUAUUACUAGAGUUAGGUCAUUGGAAUUUUAUAAAUGUUUAGCUAAUGCAAAUUGUCUGUUGGGUUUUAUUAAAAAAAAGAUAAGUUUUGAAUAUUGUACGAUAUACCCGUUGUUAUCUGUCAAUUUUUUUUGUAAUUAGGCAAUGAUGUUACGUCAGAUGCGUAUCAAUAAAAUGUUUAUAAUUUUCUUACAAUUAGUAAUUAGAUAUAAUUAGUGGAUAUUCGUUAUACGCCAGCAUGAUUAAAGAUUUUAGAGUUGUUGUAAAUAAAAUAUAAAUUGUUUUUAGCGCGUCCAACAAUUGUUAAGUAAUUAUUGCUUAAGAAUAUAGAAAUAGGCCGUUAUAUUUCCUAUACAGAAGCAUUCCUGAAUAAUAGGGUUUUUGUUUAUUACAUAUUUUAGCUUGGGGAACUCAAUUUUUUGGUAAAACCGCUGGAAAAAAAAGGAAAAUGUUCAGCUCUUUUUUAUAUAAACUCAUUAUUUAUUUACAGGGGUUAACAGGUUUACUCUAAACAUCAUUCAUGUAUAUACUAGACAAUUUGAACUUAUUUAUUUUAUAACGGAUAUUUUUAUAUGUAUUGAAUAAAAAUAUUUUCUUAAA